GCAAGGCUGCCACUGGCACACAUUACCAGAUAUCCACAUUUCUAACACAGAAUUUCUUUUGGUCACAGUGUUAUUUUCCUAAGGAUAUCCUGGGUGUGUGGCUAAACUUUACUUAUUUACCCAAGAAUUUAGUUUAUACUCUUAAAACACUGGUUACAUUUGCUUUAGCUCUACAAAUCUGUUGGGUUACGUAACCCAAAUGUUCUUCUGAUUUUUGGACCAUGCAAAUAGAGAAACAAGAUGACACACACAGGCAGAAAUGAGACUGCCAGAGUGGAUGUAAAUGAAGCAGGGAGUCAUUCUUAAGCUAUUUAUGGAGUAUCCUUAGGGCUCAGUGGAACUGGCCAGCCUGCAGGCUUCCAGACUCCAUCAAUCCUGGCGAGUUUUCCACUGGCAGCAUGACAGCUCCAUCAAUCCCUGAGAAAAUGUCCCCCAUUAAAGCUCUCACCAUGAAGGACUAUGAAAAUCAAAUUACAGCCCUGAAGAAAGAAAACUUUAACCUGAAGCUACGCAUUUACUUCAUGGAGGAACGCAUGCAGCAGAAAUGCGAUGACUCAACAGAAGACAUUUUCAAAACGAACAUUGAGCUGAAGGUAGAGCUGGAGUCCAUGAAGAGAGAGCUGGCAGAAAAACAGGAGUUACUAGUGUCUGCCUCUAAAGCACUGGAAAGCCUGGCUGGAAGGGAAUCGGGAGAACCCCAGCGAGUGAGAGAACAAGCUCAGAGAGAGAUGGACAUGCUGAGGGAGUUGAUGAACAAGAGAAUCACAGAUCUGGAGCAGAACUUGCAAGCAGCCGAGGAAGAGAUAGAGAAGAUGGCAGCCAUUGCUGAGCAGGAGAAACUCAGGAACAUAAACAUGGAGAAGCAGCUCCAAGCCUUCUCCCCGCUAAGUGCGUUCCCUCCUGUUCCUUCCCCAACUCUCGCCCAGGAACUGCAGCAAGCCCUCCAGGAGAAAGAAAACAUCAUCGAGCAGCUCAAGAUCAUGUUGAAGAACCAAGAAGCUGCACUCCAUCACAAUAACGGCAGAGACCGGCAAACAGAUUCACCGUCCAGCGAACGCUUUUCUGAUCUCAUAAUGAAGAAGGAUCAUGAGAUUCAGGCAUUAAGAGAUGAGCUACAAAGAGAGAAGGGAACAAUGCAGCCAGAGCAGCAGAAAAGUGACGUUAAUCGUCUGGAGUCUGUCAAUAAAAUGCUGAACGAAGAUCUCAGCUUAGUAAAAAGCACCAAUGAAAGCCUAACCAAGAAACUGGAGGACUUUCAGAACCAAAACAAGAUCUUGUCAGGGAAGCUGGAGGAGAUGGAGAACGAAGUCAACUCUGACAAGAAAAAUGCUCUGAAGCGAGAUAAAACCAUCCAAGGUCUCACUCAGGUCCUAAGGGAAAAGGAAAAAGAGAUUGCUGAGCUUUGUCAUGAAAUCGAGGACAGGGAUGAUGCUUUGGCAAAGGCUAGAGAGGCAGCACACAAAGCCCAGCUGCAGAAAUACCAGGGGGUAGAGGAGCACCAAAACCUGCUUAUGGAAAAGCAAACAGAACUGGCUCAACUUCAAGGGGAGCAUCACGCCAAAGUGCUUGAAGCCCAAAAACUGCAGCGUGCCCUGGACAGGAAGGAGCAGGAGCUUUCUGAUUUGCAGCAGCUUAAAGAUCAGCUCGAGACUGAACUUGAAGACGCGAGACAACAGAAGAAGAAAGGCGAUAAAGCUCUGAAUGAUCUAAACAAUCAACUAAAGAAGCUGAAUGGUGAAAUGGGAGAAAGGGAAAGCGCUCUUGAGCAGCAGUACCAGGAUGCGCUGGACCAAACCAAGAGGAAACUUCAAGCCCAUGAAGUCACCAUCCAGCGGCUCACAUCUUCUCUGGCUGAUAAAGAACAGCAGCUACAGGAAUACAUAAACAUGGUCAAAAACUUUGAUGAAAGCAAAAGUCCCAGCAGUAACGAGGGUGCUCUUGCCAAGCUGCGGCAAAGGCUAAAAGAAAAGGAGAGCGCUCUAGAAAGAGCUCUUGAUGAGAAAUUUGCUGCUGUUGAGGAGAAGGACAAUGAAAUUCACAAGCUGCAUCUAACAUUACGGGAAAAAGAAAGAGACUUGGAUAGAUUAAAUAACCUGCUCGCUCAUAACGAGGAAACUAUUAACAAUUUCGACAGUCUGAUCAAGGAGAAAGACGUAGAGCUGCAGCAUCUUGCAAACACUCUGAAGAACUUACAGAGAGCCAAGCAAGAUGUAGAAGAUAAUCUGAACAGAUCACUGAGAGAGAAAGACGCCAUCAUAAAGCAGCUGCAGCUCUCCUUGGAGGGAAAAACCAAAGAUAUGGAUGAACUGGCUGAAUCGAUGCUGAGCCAGUCACAGUCUCAGUCCCGGGACCUCGCCGAGCAAAUGGGCCAGAGGUUAAAGGUCACAGAGGCGAUGCUGGCUGAGGCUGUGAAGGCAAGGGAAGCUCUAGUUGCUGACAACGAGAGUGCUGUCGAAGGACUGUUGGCUACCAUCAGAAGCAAGGACCAGCUUCUCAAGGAGUCUGCUGAGCACUUCAACCGCAUGCUGUCAGAGCGUACCCAGGAGAUUCAGGCUCUCAGGAAGCAGCUGGCUGAUAAGCAACUCCAGCUUACCACUGCUGAGAGGCAAAGCUCCUCAACAGCCCAGGAGACUUAUUUAGAAACGGCAGAACUCAGAACGCUGCUUGCAGAAAAAGACAGCCUCAUUGAUAAGCUCCUGCAGCGCGGUCAGGAUAGAGACCAGUUCCUGGCACAGAUGAGUCAGAAGACAGAACAUGAUCAUGUGUUGGAGCUCAAACAAACCAUCCAGAUUAUGCAAGAGAAGCUGGACGGCAGGGAAGCCGAGCUGUCGAGGAGAAACAGCGCAGAAAACCAGGAGGGCGUUCCAUUAUCCAAGAAAACCGUUGCCCUGAAGAAGGAGCUGGCACAGAAAACAGAGGCACUGAACAACGCCCUGAAAAGAGAAAAUGAGCUGAAGAUGUCAUUGGCUGAACUGCAGACGGUGCUGUCUGAGCUGGAGGCUCGCAGUGUAGGCCAGUCCGCUAAUAUUGACUUCCUGACUGCUACUCUGAAGACCAAAGAGGAGAUUAUCAACGUUUUCCACCAGCGCCUCGGUCCGGGCGGCGACAGUCAGGUUGCUUUUACCCAGGAACACGUUAUCAGCUCCGGCAUGGAGAGGUCACUGCCUGAACUCCCUCAGCGAGAGAGAACAAUAAUCGGUGGAGACAGGCUACAGGAAUCUCUGCCUGGCCUGACAGCCUUGCAGCAGGAGCAUGAUGCUCUGAACAAAGCUCUAAGAGCUGAGCAGCAGCUUUACUCCAGCCUGAUCAGAACUGUAAAGGAACACGAUAGCGCCCAGCGCCUCCACGCUCUGCAGCUUGAACUGACAGCCGUGCAGCUUCUCCGGCAGCGGCUGGAAGACGGCAUAAAAGCCAACGAGGAGCUAAGGGAUGACUUGGAGAAAGAACUGCACAGGGCCAAGAUGAAAGAAGGUAUGGAUCUGGUUGAUCCUAAAGAGCUGGAAAGCAUGAGGCAUCAACUCGAAGACGCCCAGCGCUGGAACGCAUCCCUGCAGGCUCGAUUAGGAGCCAUUCAGAACCGCGGUGGAGGUGUUGGAGGAGCCACUGAUUGUGGCGAUACUUUAAGUUUUGUUGGAGAUCAGACUUCGUACAUGAGUAUCUGCGUGGGAGAAGGGUCAGACGACGACGGCUUCUCCCAACUCUCCGCUCAGGAGCUCAGACAAAAAGUUCUCGAGCUCCAAGAAUCUGUCAGUAGACUGCAGGCUUUAAACGACGACCUGCAAAGCCGCCUAACGAAGAACGCCGUUCCAGACAAGAACGGUGAUGAUCUAACCGGUGGAAGUCUGUGGAAGCAGCAGCCUCAGAUGAUACAUGAGAUGCAGCUGCCAGCUCCCAGGAUGCAUUUCUCUGAUCAGGAUGAAAAUGCACUGACUGGAACCACGCCUGAAGAGGUUGCAUCAGAAGGAUGCGUAAGGACUGAGGUUAUGAGUAGAGAGCAUACUCACUCGAACACAAAGGAAAACGAUUUUGAGGAAAGAAAUGGGGAUCUAGUAGCUCUUAAGUCUCUGUUAAAGGAUUGUGGCUCUCAUUCAGUCUCACAUCUAAGAGAGGAACUGCUUCAUCUUAGAUCAGACAAUGCAAAGCUGCGCGGUCUUCUGAAGGAACACAAAUCGACUGAGUCUAAAGAGAAGGAGAGCAGAGAUGCUUCUGGAAACAGCAGUGAUGGACCAGCGGAUCUGAGGAAGAGUUUGGAAACUCUUGAAGCUCUUGGUUGUAAGACAGAGGGGGGAAUCUCUCUAUCUGCUGAAGUUACAGCACAAAAGAUGGAGAACCCUAUCCCUGAGUUACAGAAAAAGACUCCUAAACAAAGACACAGGGCUGGUGUCAAAUCCCGUCUCCCAGUGCCGGUGAAGCUCAGAGCAGGAACCAGCUGCAGCAGUCAGACUGUGAACUCUGAGCAGCAGGAAACUGAUACUCAGCAACCUAAUUUAGAUGAUGUCUUUGGUCAGGAAACACUCACUGCCCCCGACUCUCCAUCAGCACUCCAUCAGAACACUUCUCCUUCCUCUACUUUGCAAUGGACUCGACCUAGCUGCAGCUCAUCCGAGUCCCACGGGGACUCAGAAACCAGAGGCCACGCCCACUCUGACUCCACUCUCCUUACUCAGCUGGAGCUCCUCCACCAGGAGUGCCAGGAGAAAGAGGUUCUGAUCAACAAGCUGAAUGAGCAGCUCGCCGAUUGGGAGGAGCUGCACGCGCAGCUGCAGGAGAAGGAGCGUCUGAACCAGCAGUACACGUCGGCCCUGCAGGCUGCUCAGUCCACCAUCGCCUACUUGACCGCUUGCAGUCUGGAUAGUCAGCCGGGAUUCGGUUCUGCCUCUGACUUUGAUGCUUCCCUGCAAAAACGAUGCAUGGAGCUGCAGCAAGCUGUUCAGGAGAAGGAGGAGCUCAACAACCAGCUAAUGGAGCUUCUGGAGAUGAAGGAGAAGGCCUCCUCCUCCUCACCUCACAGUGAAGACAAAACAGGGAAAUCUUCCAGAAAUGAUAGCGGCGUCACGGUGGCGUCUGGCGACUCUUUCAGUGAGCUUCAGCGGCACGCAGACUCGCUGCAAAGAGCGCUUUUAGAGCAAACUCGGCUCAACGCAGAGCUUCAAGAACAGUUACGGGUCGCCAAAGCUGCUGCUCCGCCCAGUGCCAGCACGAGUGAUGUCGGCACUAAUGGCCUCCUGUCAGGGGUAAAUGCAAUAUCAGCAGAUUCCCUUGACGAGGAUUCUAAAGAAGACCCUGAUUCAUUAGAAGAUUUUAGUAAAACGGUUUUAGAUGAAAAAAUGUUUAAAGUUAUGUUGAACUGUUUAACUGCAGCAGAGUCUGCUGUUGCCUCCUUAGCAGCUCACUGUGCAAAUGCAGACCUGUCCUCUCCAAUAAACCUGGACCUGCAGGCCAGCUUAGACACACUUCAAAAAUCCCUGCAAGACAAAGAACAGCUGACUCAGUCUACCAGCUGCAGUUCUGUAACUGGAACAGUAGGGCAGAAGCUCCAUCAGGAUCUCUGGCUCCUCUACAAGCUCUUCAGUGAUCACACCCGCAGGAUAUCUGACCUCCAAGCUUCUCUACAAGAAGAGAGGGGCCACAAAAAGCAGGACGGAGCUCUAGGAACACCGCAAGGAGCCAAAGGGUUACCACUGAACGUUCAAGUCCAACUGGAAGCUUUGCAUAAAGCUCUGAGAGAGAAGAAGAAGACUUGUAAAACCCUGGAGGAGAAGCUGGCCGCUGCUCUCACAGCAUCCCCUGAAACCGCACGGAAAGCUCCAGAGCAGGGCGACAAAGCCGUGCAGGUGGAUUUUCAGGACCUGGGUUACGAAACUGCAGUGAAGAGUGAAAAUGAUAGGGAAGAGAGCAGUAGCACAGAUCUUGAGGUGGCUGUGAACCCCAGCUGCAGUGCUUCCAGUCUGCCUUUGCUGAAACACAACACUUUCUCCUCAACGGAAAACUUGGACUCAUCCUCCAGCACUCCGUAUCCCAGUUCUCCAGCUCUCAGCUCAGCCAAGGUCAGUCAGAAAGGUUUUCAAGUUUUUGAAGACUACGGUGCGUCUGAAGACCCUCUCCAGCUUCAAGCACAAAUCCGAGAUCUGAAGGUCCAGCUUGAGAAUCAGAGCAAACUGAUCCUUCAAAUGCAAAGCCUCCUGCGCAGGAACUCUCUCUCCAGCAUCUCUCCAGCCGCCAGCAUCUGCGACCCAUUCACCACCAGGGAACCAGAAGGAACAUUCAAAGUGGAGCGCAGCCAAGAGGGGAACUGUAGGGGCGGACAACCAAAAGGGAAGCAGGGUGAGGGUCAGUCAAAGAACAAAAGCAGCCUCCCUGGUAAAGACCUGGAUGGAGAGAAGGUCCAGGACCGGAGCAUGAGUGAGCUGCAGCAUGCUCGGAGCCGCUCCACAUCACCUGCAAGACUGGAUUCUCUUGUCCAGUCACAAGCCAGAGAGCUGUCCCAGCUCCGCCAGCAGAUCAAGGAGAGCCGCAGGCUCGGAGCUCUGCACCGCCAGCAGCUGGAGGAGCUGAACAAGGCCUUUAAGGAGCUGCUGCAUGCUGGGGAGGUGGACUGCCACAUGGGGGAGGUGGUCAAAGAGCAGCUAGACAAGAGCCUCACCAUAUUAGGCAGGCUGGAGGGACGCCUGGACAAAGGGGAGACUCCUGUGGAUGAGGAUGUAGCAGCUCUGCAGCUGUCACGCAAGUUGGCUAAGGAGCUGCAGGAGAAGAAUCAGCUCAUCCACAACCUUCAGAACCAGAUCCGAGGCCGUAGUCCGAGUAGCCACCACAGCUCUCACUCUGACAUUUGCCUCUCAGACGGGACGGCUUCGUCGUGCCGCAGCAGCCUCACCGCACAAGGCCAUCAGCACCAUGCUGAGUGGACAGCAGCAGCCUCGUCUCUGGGGGGAGGAGCUUCAGAGGAGGGCGUGUCCGGUCACAGGGAUGCCGGCAGCAGAGUCCAGGGUCUGCGAAGGGAGAACGGCCGCCUGCAGGAGCAGCUGAGGAGCAGCGAGGAGCUCAACUCCACCCUGCGCAGCGAGCUCAACCUGCACCGCUCCAUCAUGGCCCAGACCAGCUGUCACCACCAGGACCGGGACAGAGUUUCAGAACCGCAGGAAGUGCACCGACGCGACAUCACCUCACAGAGACGCGGCGGCGCAGACGAGCCUCGUACUAUGAAUCCAGACCUGCUGGCAGAACACCUACUGGAGAUCCGAGCUCUGCGGCAGCGGCUGGAGGAAAGCAUUCGCACCAACGACCGCCUCAGAGAGCAGCUGGAGAGGAGACUGGCCGAGGUGGAAAAAGACCCAGCCACUAAUAUCUUCAUUCAUGGCAAUGAAGAGCAGGGACAGCUGGCCAACGAGGUGCAGUUCCUCUGGGGUCAAAACCAAGCUCUGAAGGAGCAGCUCAACGUGGGAUCUAGAGACAAGCAGAAGGAGAACGAGAAGCUCCGGGAGACUCUGGCUCGGCGGAGCGCCAAGCUGGAGCAGAGUCGGCUGGAGUGUGAAACGCUGAGGUUGGAGAACAGCCGCCUGCAGGAGCGGUUGGAGCACAGCAGCCAGGAGAAGUCCCUUCUGCAGGAUUCUCUACACGCCAGCAAAGAGCAGCUGCACAGGCUGCAGAACGAGGUGAAGCUCCAAAGACAGCAGCUGUCCGACUCCCAGCAUCUCCUCCAGUCGCUGCGGGUGGAGCUGAAGGUUUACGAAAAAAUGAAAACGGACCUCAGCAAACAUGGAGAUUCGGAGGAGCCGACCCAAGCGCCCGUCUCUGACCCGUCCAGCAGCUCUUUGGACCUCCGGGAGCUCCUGUCAGAGAUCAGACACCUGAGGCUGCAGCUGGAGAGGAGCAUCCAGACCAACACGGCUCUGCGGCAGAAACUGGAGGAGCAGCUGCUGCAAGCUCCCAGUCGCUCUGAAACCAUCAACAUCAACUACCUGCUGUCCUCUCCAGAUGAAAGAAGUCGGUCUCCGGAUCGGGAAGGCUACGAUCUUCAUCAUCACUCCUUCCAGAGUCACAAGCGCACCACUGUUCACGACGUGAAGCAGCGCGCUCAUUCUGACUGCUCGGCCAGCAGCAGCUCCAGCGACGGCGUCUCUGGCCGUCCCUCCCGGCUGGUCCCGGGCCACCGGAUGUGGGCCAACCGCAGCGGGCGCCACGUUUUGGGUUUGAUCGAGGAUUACAACGCUCUCCGGAAGCAGAUCUCCGAGGGUCGGCAGCUGUCACGCAGCAUGGACGCCCAGCUGCAGGAGUGUCUGCACACGCUCAAACAGCAGAACCCCGACAAGGAGCAAAUGAAAAGUUUGUGCAGCAGCACAAACACCAUGCAGCAGGUCCUGGAUGAGGCCGGCCGCCUCCUCAAGCUGCUGUGGAGGGUCUCUCUGCCGGCUGCUUUCCCCACAGGGGAGAGCAGCUCCAACCAGCAGGAUGAGCUCCUGAAAACUGAGAUAGCCAGGCUGAAGAGCAGACUGUCGCAGCAGGAGAGGAUGCUGAUCGGCGCCGUUAAACGACUCCGCACCACCAACCAGCUCAAGGAGGGAAUGGAGAGGGUCAUUAUUGAUCAACUGUCUCUGACCCACGGAGUUUUGAAGAAAGCCAGAGGAAACUUGGAGAUGAAUUAUAGUUCCCUGUUGGGCUUGUCAGGAGCAGCAGAUGAAGGAGAUCCCAGUCAAUGGACAGUAGACCCCCCGCCUGCAGACGGACUCUCAGAGGAUCACAACAGUAACUCAUCUCUGCACUGCACUUACUGAGCCUGCUGCAGACUCGGCCUUUUAGCUCGACUUCCUGUAGGUACUGAGGGUUUCUUUUUAAACAAAAUGCCUGUAAAUAAGAACCCUUUUGUUAUUUUUAUAUUAUGUAUAUUUGAAAACUGUAUUUUAAUACCGACUUUGUAAUUUUUAUUCACCUGCUGUCUUAUGUAUAAAACAUGGCGUUCAGUAUAAAUGCAGUAAAAAGAAGCAUCAUGGUGAAUCUUUAGUCUGCAGCGUUUUGAUGUAUUUAAAUCCCUUUAUUAGUUUAGUACAAAUGUUGGCCACAACACAACGGCAAAUGCAAAAAUAAUACAAACAAGUGGAAUACAUGGAGUUAGGUUACAUUUGAUCUGAAAUGGUUCUGGGGUUGUGCCAUCAGUGACCUAUAAAACUAGGUCUGUGGAACCAGUAUCACCAACAACCUGGUUGUUUAGGUUUGGCAACAAUCGUUUUCUUGAAGUGGGGUCUAAAACGCUACGAUUUUAUUUAUUAAUAACAAAACGAGAAAAUAAAA